CAAAGCUUGAGGCCAGGCUGUCUAGAAUUCAAAUUAUUCAAUGGUCCAAUUCAUUUUUCUGCUUCACUUAUUUCAACAUGGGAAACAAAAUUAAUUCAUCAUCAUAUACUGAACUAGCAAUCAGACUAGACUUCAUUAUCAGAUUUCCUUCUGCUAUUAUUUUGUCUAUCUUUUAAAAUCAAUGGGCUCAAGGAGAGUUGACAAACUGAAAUUUUAUUUUAUUUUAUUUAAAAAAAAAAAAAAGAAGAAGCCAUAAUCGCAUAAUGAAAUAUUCUAUUCAUCUUUCACUCAAUCACAGCCGUUCAUUCAGGAAAGUCUUAUCCAUCUAAAUACUUCAACAAGUAAGGCAUGCUAAAAAGUAUGAUGAGACAUGUCAAAGAUAAACUAUUAUGAUAGAGAAGUAUAAAUUAUGAACCUCAAAAAUGGAAAUAAAUCCUAUAUGAAGAGGAGAAAAUAAAUCCUGUCCCUACAUAUUUGUGCUUAUAUUUUAUAAAAUUAUGAACCUCAAAAAUGGAAGCUGCUUUUAUAUCAGCCUUUUAAAAGACAUGACGAAUAUUCCAUAACUGCAGAGAACUGGUAGGUGACUCAAAACAAUUCAGGAUAUACAGCUGUAAGUAUCAGCCAUUCAACUUGUUAGGUGGACUGGGCAGUCAAUAACUUACGCAAAUCUACCUCAAACCAGAAUUUUUUCUCAUAAUAAGUACUAGUUAGCUUCCUCACUUGACUCACUCUCUCUCUCAAACCAGAAUUAUUUUUCAUAAUAACUAGUUAGCUUCCUCAGUUCCUCUCUCUUUCUCUCUCUCUAAAACAGGCAGGCAUGGCUGUUUGUAAACUCUAUGGAUCAAUUGGUUCUCUGGCCACAAUGCGAGCCCUGGCUUCCCUAUUUGAGCACGAGCUUGAGAUUGAGUUCAUACCCAUCGAUCUCAAGACCGAGCAGAACAAAGAGGAAGGCUUCCUUUCUUUAAGCCCCUUUGGUCAGGUUCCAGUUUUUCAGGACGGGGAAUUGACAAUAUUUGAAUCAAGGGCCAUCAUGAGGUGCAUAUCACACAUUUAUCCAAAUUCUGGGAAAGAACAAAUAUACAUGGCGCCAAAGAUGCAAGGGAUAGUGGCAACAUGGAUUGACGUUGAGGAUCACCAAUUCGAUCCUCCAGCUUCGAAGCUGAUCAGCGAACUCAUUGAGAAGCCAAAAAAUGGCUUGCCAACAAAUGAAGCUGCAGUUGCAGAGGAGGAAGCUAAGCUGACUAGAGUGUUGGAUGUGUAUGAAGAGAGGCUCACCCGUACCAAGUACUUGGGAGGUGAUAAAUUUACCUCCGCCGAUCUUACUCAUCUCCCAAACUUGUACUACCUGAUGGCAACACCAAUGAGACGGCUUUUUGACAAACGGGUGCACGUCAGCGCGUGGUGUAACGACAUUAUGUCACGACCAGCUUGGUCAAAGGUGGUGGAUAUGGUCGAGAAAGCUAAGGUCUAGGACAACUGGGCUCAAGUUGAGCAAUGGAGUGUUAGGCCUACUGGCCACCUUGCCUUCUGAAUCUGGGUUACAGUGUCAUGUUCAGUACUUUACUGUGACUAAUAGUUCUGUAAAUUGACAAGACGGCGAACAAAAAUGAAAAAAUAAUUGGUGCA